CUUUCUGUGCAAACUCGAGGCAAUUUGUCUUUCUUCAUAAACAAGCAAGUGAAGUGUGUGGUGGUUGGCUCCCUGGUGACCACACACCGAACAUUCAAAGGUCUACUACUACUGAGCAGGAGUCCCAUGGCUAAACCCAUCAUAAAUCCAAGUUAUAAUGACUUCUGUCCCAGAGAUUUGCCUGUAGCUUCAGAAAAUGCUGCAUCGGAUAUGAGUGAAUACAAUGAAGAUCAAAAGAGAGCCAUUGAGACAGCUUAUGCCAUGGUAAAGCAACAUCCAGGGCUUCCCAAGAUCUGCCUCAUCCACGGACCACCUGGAACAGGGAAAUCAAAAACUAUUGUGGGACUUCUGUCUCGUGUUUUGAGACAAAACACUAGGAAUGAGAAAGCAACUCAAAAAACAAAUUCCAAGAUCAAGCCAAACCGUUUUCUAGUUUGUGCGCCAUCAAAUGCUGCUGUUGAUGAACUCAUGAAAAAGAUCAUCAUUACAUUUAAGGAAAAAUGCCAAAACAAACAGGAGCCUUUGGGAAACUGUGGUGAUAUUAAAUUAGUGCGACUUGGUGCUGAAAAAGCAAUCAACAGUGAAGUCCGGGGAUUUAGCCUGGAUAAGCAAGUUGAACAUAGAAUGAAACGAAAGCCAGCUGACUGUGACCAGGAUAUUCAGAAGAAAAAAGCAGCUCUGGAUCAACAGCUGGACAUGCUGUCUCGUCAGCGUGCCAUGCACAGAUGUGAGAAGAGGGAGGUAAGUCAAAUGUUACUUGAUGAAAUUGUCAGACUUUCAAAGGAGAGACAACAGCUUGCUUCUCAACUAAAGGAGGUUCGGGGGCACUCUCAGAAAGUACAGGCAGAUAUCAUCUUGGAGUCCGAUAUCAUCUGCUGCACACUGAGCACAAGUGGAGGAAGUCUGCUGGAAUCUGCUUUUUGUCGGCAAGGACUUGAUCCUUUCAGCUGUGUCAUUGUGGAUGAGGCAGGGCAGUCCUGUGAGGUUGAAACACUGAUUCCACUGAUCCAUCGCUGUAAUAAACUUGUCCUUGUUGGAGAUCCCAGACAGCUGCCUCCUACUGUAAAAUCAGUAAAAGCUCAGGAAUAUGGCUACGAUCAGUCCUUGAUGGCACGCCUGCACAGACACCUGGAUGAGCAAGUGCAGAAGAAAAUUUUACAAAGCCUGCCCAUUGUGCAGCUGACUGUGCAGUACAGGAUGCACCCUGACAUCUGCCUCUUCCCAUCCAAUUAUGUUUAUGGCAGGACUCUAAAGACUGACAGAGCAACAGAAGAGAACAGAUGUUCUUCAGAGUGGCCAUUCCAGCCCUACCUUAUUUUUGAUGUAGGAGACGGUCGUGAGGAGCGAGACAAUGACUCUUUUAGUAAUCCUCAGGAAGUGAAGAUGGUGAUGGAAUUAAUUAGAACAAUUAAAGAAAAAAGGAAGGAUCUGGGUCUUCGUCGCAUUGGAAUAAUUACUCCUUACAGCGCACAGAAAAAGAAAAUUCAAGAGCAACUGGACAGAGCAUUUAAGAACAACAGCCCAGGAGAAGUGGACACAGUGGAUGCGUUCCAGGGACGAGAGAAAGACUGCAUCAUAGUGACGUGCGUCCGGGCGCGCAGCACCAAAGGGUCAAUUGGGUUUCUGGCAAGUCUUCAGCGUCUAAAUGUUACAAUUACCCGAGCCAGAUUCAGCCUCUUCAUCCUUGGAAGCCUGAAAACGCUCAUGGAAAAUAAAGACUGGAAUGAAUUGAUUCAGGACGCUCAGAAAAGAGGUGCCAUUAUCAAGACAUCAGAAAAAAGCUACCGGAAAGAUGCUGUUAAGAUUUUGAAGCUCAAGGCAACAGUACAGCCCCCAGUCAAAGCAGGGACAAAGACAUCUCUGUCGCAGGCGUGUUCUUCCGGUAGCAAGAGGGGUGAGCUUGCAAAUCCAAGGGAGGGCAGCAGCCCACAGGAACUCACUGCUGGCGCUGGCCAUGCAGUGCCACAAGGAAGCAGAGGGCCCCAGCAGCCCCAGCGGGCUCAGGCUGCAGACUCCAGGAGAGGCAGUGCCUCCGCACCUGUGGAGGCUGCAGCGCUUCCUGAUCAAGAGAAACCGCGUGAUCCAAGGCUGGCCAGUAUGGCUAGUAGAACUGAAAUAAAAGGGAAGGAGCAGGCCUCAAAAGACAGCAGUCGGUCAGCCCAGAGCAAUCCAGGAUCAACAUCACAGCAAGGCCUCAAUGUGUCUUCAGCUGCCAGGGAUCAGAUUGCCAGAAAAGAAACUUCUAAGAAGCCCCAGCAAACAAUGGGACAACGUGACGUGCCUUCCACGUCGCCUUACGCAGCUCAGCAUGAGAGUGACUGGAGAGCUUCUGUAUCGAAAAGCACUUCAAAAGCUGGCAGUGAAGAAGGUCGAAGUAAUAGCAGUAGGUGGAACAAAGACUAUCGUGUUUUAACGAGGAGAACAUUAGAGGAAUCACCUGAGAACACAGAAUCAAACAGUGCCAAGCGAAGAAAGACCUUUCACUGA